AUGAAAAUGACAAGUUUUUCAAUGCAUGAAGACGGAAAUAAUCAAGAUGUAUUAGAAUUUGAAAAUAAUCUUGAAAGAAUUUCUCGUGAUUUAGUCACAGACAUUUUAACACGUGCUAGAUGUAUGAUUGCAUAUGAAUCACCUGUAGUCGAACGGAAUAAGUAUGAACUGGCACCACAAUCUUUAACAUUACCAACACCACAAUUGUUAUCGCCUAUUGAAUCAUCUUGUCCCAAGAAAGAUAAUGAUUUAGACGAGUGUGCUGACUCAUGCCUUAUUUCUCCAACAAAUCAAACAUCUGUUACAAAUGAGGAUAUACAAACUCCAAAUACUACUAAGGAAGACUAUAAAAUAACUCCAACUGAAGAUUUAAAUAAUGAACUGACAUCAUCUGAGAGAAAACUAACUGAACAAUACUCAAUAGAAUUUGAUUUUCGUUCCAAUGUUUUGAAUGAUUUUAGAGGUAUUGGAGUCGGUUCAGCUACACCGGAUACUCCACGUCAAACAGAUUGUCAAUGGAAGUCAAGUACAGAGGCAGCGGCAACGAAAAGUAGUAUCUGCACCCCAUUAUAUUGCCAUACAAAUACAAAUAAACCGAUUUAUUUAAGAGAAGUAUCUCCGUCACCACCAACUGUUUCAUCCACUAUGAUAGAAUAUAACUCAAAUGAUUUAUCCAAAGAAACUAUUUUGAAUCCCGUCAAUGAGUGUCCAGCAACUUGUAGAAUGUUGACAUACAGACAAGAUUCGCCAACAAUUAUAAACACAAUUGAUAUAGAAGAAAAGCUGAAACCAUUUAGUUCACCAUUACCAAUAUAUGUACCUUCUACAGCAUGUACGCGUAUACUGAAAUCUUCUGAUAUUAAAACUCUUACAAAUAAUUACAACCCAUUACUGAAUAGAAUCAGAGAUACGGAUAACAUGUCUAUAGAUUUAUCUCAUCAUGACAAAAAUUCUUUGGAAACAUCCAGCACUAGCUCUAAUAAUGAAAACUACAUAACUUACUCAAAACAAAAAAUCAAACCGAAUAUACCACGUUUACAUUUGCCACUAAGCCCCAAGUUGAAAUCCUCAUCUACACAUGACCGAAUAAGGAAACGAGAUCCAUCAUUAAGGUUAAAUAACACUGGAAAUAAUAAAACGCCUAUUCCACAGAUUGCUAAGUCUACAAGUUCAUCAUUAUGUUGGUGGGAACCAUUGAAUUGUACUGAUGUAAAUUGUAUACGAACAAAGAUGACAACAAUAGCAGAAUCACCACAGUACAAGGAUAAAUUCUACCUGCCUGAACCGAAUCCAGAAGUGAUUCGACACUAUCAUUAUUUAUGUGAUCAGCAAGCAAUGAAAGAAGCUCUACUUAUUAAAGCAAUAAAAGAGGCUGAAAAUAAAGCAAAAUAUGAUAAAAUAGCACAUUAUGCGUUAUUAAGACAAAAAUCAAGAAACAAUAAACAUAAUUAUCAUCAAAAACAAAUUAGAUUUCUAAACUCUCACCAGUCAAGGAAAGAUGACCUUAAAAUAAAUCAAUUCAAUGGAGUUAACAACAAAUGUAACAACAGAUUGAAUUUAACUAGACCUGAAAAUUUUAUCCACUUAUUACAAAAAGAAAAUAAACCAAAGGAUAAUUUUUCACAAUUUUCAAAUGAGGAAGACUCAGAUUUAACUGUCAAAAAGUCAUGCAUACAACGUUCAGUGCUGAGUAGUACAAGUCAGAAUUUACAGCCAACAAAAUCCAAAUCACGUUCAACUAGUCGAGUUCGUAGUUCUUUAAAAUUAAGAAAUAAAAGUAAUGAGAGAAGUGAUUGUAAUCACACUAGUCACAAUAACAGUAGUAACACCAAUAAUAUUAAUAAUAAUAAUACACAUUUUAAUCUUCAUGAAAGAAAACUUCAAAGUCCGAAAAAUCGAAGAACUCGUAUCGGUCAAUCUCCAGCUAGAAGUAAAAGUAGCUUCUUCAAAGGUGAAAAUUACACUAGACCUAUUCAUUCGCCAGUCAGCUACUAUCUAGAUCUUGAUGAUAAAGUGGACUAUGGUCGAAAUUAUGCAGAUUAUCAAUCUAAAUUUAGUCCUGUGAACGCGGGGAGUUGUGACUCACCAGUAAAUUAUAAUUCUUUGGAUGCAAGUAAUCUGCAUAAAAAGAAUCAUUUAUCGGAACAACAAAAACAAGGAAGUGAAAGAAAUUCAAGAGACCAUGAUUUAUACUGCAAAAAAUCUCAAUCACUUCGAAAAAAUUUGUAUCCAGUCCGUUCAAAAUCACCAUGCCACCGACAAUCAGAUAUAUCUUCUGGAUCGUUGGAUAGAUUAAGAAAACGAUGUCGUUCAAUAGAAAGGGAAUUGAGUUCAGUUGAAAGAGAACAAUUUGGACAGAGUUUAGGAAAUCCACCGGUAGGUGAUCCAAGAGUUGACGCCUUAACAUCAGCCAACAGGAUAUUACGCCAAAGACUGCACGAUAUACAGAAGUUGCAGGAAAGUAGAGAGCCUGCACUAAACAAAGCUCAUACUAUGGUUAAUGGUUUAUUAAACAAACAACACAAACAAGCUUCGAUAAUACAUGAAGGUACACGGGAUUAUACACAGUCGCCACCUACCUCAUAUACAAAUAAUAACCAUCAUUACCAUGACAAUAAUGGUACAGACAGUGUUUACACUGCUAAAGCUUAUAAACCAUUGGAAGAAGAUAAUGUUUCGGAUUUGCCUGCUUAUACACCGACUAAGUUUGGUCGUCUUCCAGAGAACAUUGGAUCAGACUAUUAUUAUGAAAAAGAACAUGAGCGAAAGUCUUGCAAUGGCAGUGAUUAUCGUAGUAAUUUAUUAAAUCAUCGAAAAAACUUGAAUCCACGAGUUAAUUCAACUCAUAUUCUAUUGGAAAGAUUACGUUCAGAUUAUGCAGACUUAGCAAAUAGUGUCUAUCGUAUUGAAGAAAAAGCUCGAGAUGCUGCUUCUUCUGUACAGUCAUUACUGAGACAGUUUCAGAUGGGUUUUAUGGAUACUAUUGGCACAAAUCCCGUUAAUCAGAUGCCAAGUGAUGAUAUAUGCGAGCCUUUCAGCAGAGUACCAAAUACCAAUCAGCUAUUUGAUAAGUCUGUUACAUUAAGAUUACAAAAAGCCAGAGAUACACUGGAUCAAUUGAAAUCUGACCCAGUCCGGUCUUCGUUAAAUCAUUAUCGUCAGUCAGAUUUCACUAUCCCAUCAACUGCAACAGGAAUAAUAGGUGGAACAACAACAUCGCAACAGGUUCUGGUAUGA